AUGGGAGACAGUGUCCCGCGACCAGGGAGAGGAGAAAUCGGCUUUCUGGCUGGGCGUUCCCACUCUGGGUUUCUCCGAGGAGCCAAAGCCAGUGCCUUCCCUAACGCCGAAUACGCUCUGGAGCGGAUAGUUAUCCAUUCACAGGAGAAAGAAAACUCUGAUCCGGAUUACAUUCCCAUCAACAGCCGCUUUAAAUGCGUACAAGAGGCGGAAGAAACUCUACUGAUUGAUAUAGCUACAAACACAGGCUGUAAGGUCCGGAUACAAGGUGAUGAGACAGCGGAGCGGCUCUUUGAAAUCCCUGAUGAGGAGCGUUGCUUAGGAUUCCUUUCAGAAGUGCAGAGCAUACAGGAAGGUAAGCAGAGCUGUACUCUUCCUGAACCUAAGGACUCAGCCAGCUGGCAUCAGGUGGAGAAGAACCUCCCAGGUCUAUCGCAGGCCUCUUCUUCGGGAGCUUUGGAGUUUGAGGAUGACUUCAAUGCUCUGAGCCUAGAAGAGAAAAGAAACAUGCAAAACCACCAAACGGGAUCUCGCCGGGAGCCCCCACCUCCUCCUGUGCCUCCAAAUAGGCAAUUUCACCGAGAGAGAGAAGGUACAUCAAGAGACCAGCCAAAAGUGACCAACACUAUGCGCAAAAUGUUUUUGCCCAGCACCCAGUCGGGACAAAGAGAAGGCCUCAUCAAACAUGUGCUUGCUAAGAAAGAGAAGGCAUAUGUCAACCUUCACAACUUCAGAUUUUUUGUGGGAACGUGGAAUGUGAACGGGCAGUCUCCAGACAGCAGCUUGGAGCCCUGGCUGGUGUGUGACGCAGAGCCUCCAGACUUCUAUUGCAUUGGGUUCCAGGAGCUGGACCUCAGCACGGAGGCUUUUUUCUACUUUGAUUCUGUAAAGGAGCAAGAGUGGAUGGCGGCUGUGGAGAAGUCCCUGCACCCUCAGGCUAAAUAUAAGAAAGUGCAAGUGGUCCGUCUAGUUGGGAUGAUGUUGCUCAUAUUUGCUAAGAAGGAUCAGCUGAGCAAUAUCAGAGAGAUCAUGACAGAGUCCGUGGGCACGGGAAUCAUGGGAAAGAUGGGCAACAAGGGCGGUGUGGCGGUGAGGUUCGUGUUCCACAACACCACCUUCUGCAUUGUCAACUCCCACCUCGCUGCUCACGUGGAGGACUUCGAGCGGCGAAAUCAGGAUUAUAAGGAUAUCUGCGCUCGGAUGAGUUUUAUAACCCCUGAUGAUACUCUACCUCAGCUCAACAUCAUGAAACACGAUGUUGUCAUCUGGCUAGGAGACUUGAACUACAGGCUUUGUCUCCCUGAUGCCAGUGAAGUGAAAAGUCUCAUCAGUAAGAAUGAGCUUCAGAAAUUGCUGACGUACGACCAGCUGAAUAUUCAGCGCACUCAUAAGAAAGCAUUUGCAGAUUUCACCGAGGGAGAGAUUAAAUUCAUCCCCACAUAUAAAUAUGACUCUAAAACAGAUCGCUGGGACUCCAGUGGAAAGUGUCGUGUGCCAGCAUGGUGUGACCGAAUCCUUUGGAGAGGAAGCAACAUAAAUCAGCUCCGGUAUUGCAGUCAUAUGGACCUGAAGACUAGUGACCACAAACCAGUCAGCGCGCUCUUCUGUGUGCUGCUGUUGGGCAGCUGUGCCAGCCUCUGCUCAGCAAACAGCUCAGAGGCUGUGGUCGUCCUGCGCAGUGUGGCACCGGGACAGUGUUACGCCACAGUAAAGGUUGUGGAUGAGCAGAAGUAUCGGAAGUUGUUUGAAGACAUCGUUCGACUAAUGGACAGAAUGGAGAACGACUUUCUUCCUUCGCUGGAGCUAAGCAGGAGAGAAUUUGAGUUUGAGAAUGUGAAGUUCCGUCAGCUGCAGAAGCAGAAGUUCCAGAUCACCAAUAACGGGCAGGUCACCUGUCACUUCUCCUUCAUCCCAAAGCUCAACGAUACCCACUACUGUAAGCCGUGGCUCCGCGCUGAGCCUUGUGAAGGUUACUUGGAGCCAGAUGAGAGCACGGACAUCUCCCUGGACGUGUAUGUCAGUAAGGACUCGGUAACCCUUCUGAACUCUGGCGAGGAUAAAAUUGAGGAUAUUCUUGUCCUUCACUUGCACCGAGGGAAGGACUAUUUCCUUACCAUCAGUGGGACCUACCUGCCCAGCUGCUUUGGCACCUCCCUGGAGGCCUUAUGCCGAAUGAGACGACCGAUCCGAGAAGUUCCAGUCACAAAACUCAUUGACUUGGGAGAAGACAGCUUCUUAGAAAAGGAGAAAUCCGUUCUGCAGAUGGGCUCCCUGGACAGUGAGGAGCCGAGUGGGAUGCCGCUGCAGGUGCCCAAGGAGAUCUGGCUCUUGGUGGACCACUUGUUCAAGCAUGCCUGCCACCAGGAGGACCUGUUCCAGACUCCAGGCAUGCAAGAAGAGUUGGAGCAGAUCAUUGACUGCCUGGACACCAGUAUCCCCGAGAAAAUCCCGGGCAGUAACCACUCCGUGGCUGAAGCACUCCUCAUCUUCCUGGAGGCUCUGCCAGAGCCGGUGAUCUGCUACGAGCUGUACCAGCGAUGCCUCGACUGGUCACACAACAGCCGGCUGUGCCGACAGGUGAUUUUUCAGCUGCCUCGUUGCCAUCGCAGCGUCUUUCGGUACCUAAUGUCGUUCCUCCGAGAGCUGCUCAAAUACUCAGAAGACAACAACGUCAGUGUCGCCAUGAUCGCCGCCUUGUUCUCCAGCCUCCUCCUGCGCCCUCCGCCCAACCUGAUGGCAAAGCAGACUCAGCAGGACCGCCAGCGUGCCACCAACUUCCUCUACAGCUUCCUGCUUGCCGGGGAUGAGGAGUGA